AUGGCGUCUCCAAAGCAGUCCUGUGACGUCGAGAUGGUCGAGAACCACACCGACCCUUCACUGCCUCAUCUUUCUGAUGCUGAACUUGCCAUUGAGAAAAGAGGGCUGAUGCUGACUUUGGGCUGCUUUCAUAGGCUUGUUAGCAAGGUCGACCGCAGGCUUCUACCUGUCACGGCGCUCAUCUAUUUGCUGUGCUACCUCGAUCGAUCAAACAUCGGAAACGCCCGAAUCCUCAACUCCGACACUGGGGACGACAUCAUGCAGUCCCUCAACUUGUCAUCUGAACAGUACAUUAUCGCCCUCAUGCUGUUCCUCGUCGCAUACUCCAUCUUUGAGGCUCCCAGCAAUCUGGCCCUCAAAGUAUUCUCGCCCAAAAGAUGGCUUGGGUUCCUCGUGUUCACCUUUGGAGCCUUUUGCGUCUCCAUCGGAGGCGCCCAGAACUUUGCCACCGUCACCGCAUUGCGGUUUUUCCUCGGAGCGGCCGAGGCUGGCGUGUUCCCGGGCAUGGUCUACUAUCUGAGCUUUUGGUACAAAGCUGAAGAGAGGGCUUUUCGGAUCGCCGUCUUCCUGUCCAGUGCGACGCUGGCUGGAGCUUGCAUUGCGUAUGGAGUAGGGUACAUGAACCGUGCUGGUGGCCUACAGGCUUGGCGCUGGCUGUUUAUCCUCGAAGGAGCACCGGCUACCGUCCUCGGAAUAUGCAUAUUCAUUUUCCUGCCCAGCUACCCGGAACAAUGCGGCUGGCUCUCGCGAGAGGAAAAGGCUGUCCAGACUAAGAGACUGGGCGAGCUGGGAUCAAGGUUGGUCUUCUCAGAUGGUUGUCUACACUUUGUUUCUUGUUUUCUAAUGUCCUGCAGCAAGCAAAAGAUCACAUGGGUCGAUGCCAAGGCUACACUCCGCGAUUGCAGACUUUUGGUCCAUUAUCUGUCAUAUCUCGGUAUGGGAUGCUUGAUCGGCUCCCUAUCGCUCUUCGCCCCUGUCAUCGUCUUGGGGAUGGGGUUCGAAGGACUGCGGGCGCAGCUGUUCACCGUUCCUCCAUAUGGCGCCGCCUUCAUUUGCACAAUUGCGGCCUCCAUCUUUUCUGAUCGUUUAAACUCGCGUGGCUUCAUUGUCGGAUCCGCGCUAAGCAUUUGUUGUAUAUCAUUCCUCAUACUUGCUGCUCUGCCCGGUGAGCAUUUCGUUGCCCGAUACGUCCUCUUGAUCAUCGGCAAUUGCGGAGCUUUUGCUGGCCUGCCCAGUGUCACCGCGUGGGUUGGCGACAACAUGACGAGCACCACUGCCAUAUCACUGUCCAUUGCCAUAAAUAUCGCCUUCUCGGGCCCGGGACAGAUCAUUGGACUGUGGAUAUAUCGGCCCGCCGAUCGCCCCUUAUACACUCUUGGCCAUGGAGUCAAUGCAGGGUUUGCGGCUUUCGCGGCACUGCUCUGCUUCGGAAUGAGCUUGUAUUACCGGUACCUGAACAAACAAGGGCGGCUCAGGCCAGAUGGCCGCCCUUGGGUUUGUUAG